CCUGCUCCGGCACGAGCGCUGGUUUAAUCAACAGGAGGCGGACGCGCGCGCGUUCUCGGAUCAAACGCACUUUUCAAGCGCUGCUUCUACUGCGAUGCUGAAGCUCGAAUAGCGGCCUGACAGCGACCUGCCCCCGGGGGGAUUACUGACAUUUAUUUCCCAUUUCCAGCAAGUGCACAAGGACGUUUUUUUCCCCGACGCAGACCUCCGCGUUAAUGAAACUUCGCUCCGAUUCCAGAUCUGGAGUUGGCGUACACCAUGUUAAGGUAAAGCCUAAGCUAGCCGUGUUGAACAUGUUAAAGAGGCUGGACAAAAUAAGGUUUCGAGGCUCGAAGCGUGAUGAGUUCCUGGAUCUGGCUGAGUCUCCUACCGCCUCGGAUAACGAAGGCAUCGAGGACAUUCUGAUGAAGCCUCGGCUUUCCUUGCGAGACACAGAAGAGCUGAGAGAACCAGCUGGAUCGGGAGCUGUCAACAUGGCUGCCAUGCAGGACCUGAGGAGCGACUCUGAACGCCUCAAUGAGGUCAAAGGUCAUCUAGAGAUUGCCUUACUGGAGAAGCACUUCCUGCAGGAGGAGCUGAGGAAGCUGCGAGAGGAAACCAACGUGGAGACGUUGAAGCAGGAGCUGGAGAAGGAGCGCUGCAGGAGGCUGGACUUGGAGCAAAAAAUGAACGAGGUUCUAAAAAGCAGGUUAGAAGACUCUCCUCCACAGAUAUCUCGAAAACAACAGUCACCUUCCGCAAACGGCACAGAAAAGCAAAAAAAAGAGACACUGUGGUCUCGACUGCCGAAGUGGCUCUAUGACCGGUUCGGGGUUUACAUUGAAGACUUCCGUUUCCAGCCAGAGGAGAACACAGUGGAGCCAGAGGAGCCACUCAGUGCUAAAAGGUUAACAGAAAAUAUGAGGCGACUUAAGAGAGGUGCCAGACCUGUAACAAACUUCUUGAGGAACCUGUCAGCUUUAUCCAACUGGCACUCAGUGUACACGUCAGCAAUUGCCUUUAUAGUAUACAUGAAUGCUGCAUGGUAUGGCUGGGCCAUUCCUAUGUUCCUGUUUUUAGCCAUUCUGAGGUUAUCCUUGAAUUACCUCAUUGCAAGAGGUUGGAGGAUUCAGUGGAGUAUCGUGCCCGAAGUUUCUGAACCUGUGGAGCCUCCAAAAGAAGACUUGACUGUGUCUGAAAAGUUUCAGUUAGUCCUUGAUGUUGCACAAAAAGCACAGAAUCUUUUUGGGAAAAUGGCGGACGUUUUGGAGAAAAUCAAAAAUCUGUUUAUGUGGGUGCAGCCUGAGAUCACGCAGAAGCUGUACAUUGGUUUGUGGGUGGCCUUUAUCACUUCCUGCGUCCUGCCCUACAAACUCAUGGGUUUUAUUAUAGGGCUGUAUGCAGGCAUCAAAUUCUUCAUCAUCGACUUCCUGUUUAAGAGCUGUCCCAAGCUAAGGGACAAGUACGACACGCCGUACAUCGUGUGGAAUAGCCUUCCCACAGACCCACAGCUUAAAGAGCGCAACAACGCCACCAUGUCCAGACGGCUGUCUGGGUGUGAGAAGAUCCCGCCGGUGGUGUCACGGAGUAGCUUAGCAACCAUUCCCUCAGGAAUGAGCAGAGAGGACGACAGUGGGCGCUCGCAUAACACCAAGAGAGGAGCCUUCCAUGAGAUCUUCAAUCUGCCAGAGACGGAAAGGCCUCUUCCUGUGUGUGAGAAUGGAUGGAGGUGCUGUUUGAUCAACCGGGACCGGAAAAUGCCCACUGACUACAUUCGCAACGGUCUGCUCUAUGUUACUGAAAAUUACUUGUGCUUUGAGAGCUCCAGUUCCAGAUCAGGCUCCUCCAAAAAGAAUAAAGUCAUAAAGCUUUUGGACAUCACAGAUAUUCAAAAGUAUAAGGUUUUGUCCGUUUUGCCUGGAUCAGGAAUGGGAAUCUCUAUUGCCACACCCUCAACACAGAAGCCCUUGGUGUUUGGUGCCAUGAUCCACAGAGACGAGGCGUUUGAGUCGAUCUUCACUCAGUACAUGAAGAUUGUGACUACAGGCUGCCACGAGACCUAGCGCAUGCAUCAUUAACCCUACGGAGAAGCUUCCUCUUCUCUCUUUCUAUCUUUUCUCUCUGUCGUUCCUGUCUCAAUGAGCAGGCUGGAACUGAUCCGUUUAGUCAGCUAUGGCUAGAUGAUCUCAACCGAGGGUUGAGCGUGAACCGCAAAACAUCCACGUGGAAUGUUUAUCACACUGAUGGUUUUAGGGAGGGAGGGUGGUGUCAGGGGAGGAGGCUGGACCUUCUCACCUGCCUAAGUAAACUCUCUUUCAGGGAGCAGAUUGUAGAGUUGCAUAUAGACUUACAUGGUACACUUCUUUCUGCUGUAAGGGUUUUGUGCUUAUUUGUCAAAGCUUUGCAUUGUAAUACCUGUCAGGAGAGAAUGCAAGAUCACUAACACCUUGCAAAUUACUGAUGAAGCCUGUUUGUGUUAGUUUACACUAUUACCCCGCAUACACAAACGCACAACACAUUUAACCCGCCAUUCAUUAACAUUGCGCUUCAAAUGUCUUUUUGUUCAGUCCUGGUAUAUACACUAUAUGGAAAAAUGUUUGUGGACACUUGAGCAUAAAAUUGAGCUUUUUGAACAUCACUUUCCAAAUUUACUUUUAAAAUAACUUCCAACUUUUCCGGGAGGAUUUUCCACUAGAUUUUGGAGUGUGCUUGAGGAGAUUUGAGCUCAGUCAGCCACAAGGGAGUUGUGAGUAAAGUCAUGUACUGAUGAAUGUGAGAAGACCUGGAGUAAAAAUCCUCCACUUGAACCCAUGUAAACCGUAUGUUCAUGGAGCUGGCUUUGUGCACAGGACAUUGUCAUGCUCCAACAGGUUUGAGGCUCCAUUUUAAGUGUAUUCAAAAACAUUCUAUAACAAAUGUGUGCCUCCAACUUUGUGGUAACAGUUUGGGGAAGAACCACAUAUGGCUGAAAAAGUGUCCCAAUUAUUUUUGUCCAUAUAGUGUAGCACUGUAGGGAAACUGCAUAUUUUUGGGGAAAUAAUAAUAAGUAGUAAAAUUAGCGAUAUUUGUAUUACUGACUGAUAAAAUGAUUCAAGAAAAUCAUUUAUUUUAAACUCCACAAAAGCUUUUAGAGCUGUAAUCUUAUUGGCGUAUUAAUAAUCUUAUUAAACCUACAGUGUCUAGAUACCGAAGUAUUAUAAUCAGUACCAAGAGUAGUCAUUAAACUAAUACUAGGGGGUUUUGUAACUACAGAUAUAAAGUCUGGAUCUAGAUUAAUUAAAGCUAAGAUUGAUCGUUUCUCCAAAGAUGGAGUUAUAUUCUGAAUACUGUUGUAUUAGUACAUUUCCAUCAAUCACUUUCUCUAUUAGUGAUGAGAAUUGUGCAUACGCAUAAAACCUCCUUGUCUCCUAACUACUCUUUAAGACCCAGACCAAGAGUCUGUAGUGUGUAAGUUCUCAAGCAUAAAUCCAAAGCCGCUCAGAAAUCCGGGGUGAGAUCUCAGAGUUGUGUGCUCUUUUACCCGCCAUGUCAUUCAGCUUAAGCUGAAAGCAAAGAUCUGCCCUCAAAAAUCAUCGUUCAAAUCAUGCAAAGCCAUAAACCAAUAAGUAUGAGAAAUUCAUCCGAGCACUGAGGUAUGAGUGCCAGAUGAGUCUGAAGUACGGAACAGCAAAACCAGACACUGAACUAGAAACUGAACAAACCAGAUGUAUGUUAUGCGAUGCAUCCUGUCGUUUGGAGUCUGGAGUUGCACCAGGCUUUUUUUUUUUUAAAGUACACAUCAUGAUCUGUAUCAAACGCUUGCUUAAAGGCAGUUCCGGACCCUCCGAGAAAGUCUCGGCUUUCAUUCUGUCAAUAUUGUUGAGAAAUUCAAACAAAUAUCGAUUGAAUCUCAAACAUGGGAUGAGGCAUUUUUUAUCUACCGUUUAGAAUGCUGCAUUUAGAUCGACAUUUUCUCAUUAUCCUUCUCAUCUGUCUUGCCUCCUUUUUAGUAGUAGUUGCAGCAAAAAAAACACACAAAUCACAGCCAUGGGCAGAGAAAUGUUGAAAGGCUGGAAAGUACUAUUUCUCUCCAUAUCAAUGAUUACUAACAGGGGGGGAUGUCUGAAAAGUGUUAAUAUCACUUUAUGCUUGAUUUCGUGCUCUAACUGUUAGAAGGCCUCACAGCGAUACAAUCCCCAGGUUCGAUCCUGAGCUGGUUUACUUUCUGUGCAUGUUCUCUUAUUUCUCUUUUCCACCAAAACCGUUCAUGUUCUGGUUCUCAACUUGGUUCUUGGCCAGUGCUUGAUCAGGGGAACUGUAGCCUAUCAUGACCUAGACACAAAUUUCAAUGGGGAUAUAACAGAUGUCCAAAAACGAACAUGCCGCAUCAUCUUGUGUGUGUGUGUGUGUGUGUUUGCAAGGGUUUCCUCUUGGUUCCCUGUUUUUUUCCUACCUCAAAAAACAUUCUAGUAGGUGGACUGUCUACCUUUUUUUUUUUUGUAUUUUGUGUGUGUGUAUGUGUGUGUGGGUGGGUAUGGUGCCUUGCUUUGCACUGGACUGGGUGUGCAUUUGUGCUUCAUGCCCAGUGUCCCUGUGACAGCCCAAUCAUCACCCUUACCAAGAUAAAGGUUACUAAAGAUAAAUGAAUGAUCGAAUGAAUCGAUAUGUAUUGGAGCAAAACAAUAAUAUUUCUAUUGGCAUAAAGCCGAGACUUUCUUGAUGCCAAAAGUAUUAGAAUGUGCUUCUGGGUUAAGUGACUCACAAUGAUAGAGCAGAUCAAUGAUAUGUUUAUAAAAAGCUAAGUGCCAGACUGAUUGAGUCACGAAGAGUUGAGAGAUUGGGAUCGUGUGACCCUGUGUGUGUCGAAACACGAGCAUUUCGCUUGAGCAACAUGUCAUCUGUUGUUUUUGUUGGAGAAUUACUUUACACUUUGCUACUAAUCGUUCUGAUCACUGACAUCACCUAUAUGGUAAACAUACGGAUGUACGGUAAUCGGAAAUGUGAGCGAUCAGAAGGUUAUGAGUUUAAAUCCCAGCACUGCCAGAGUUUCACACUGAAGACCUUUAACCCUUUUCAUGCACAGACAGAAGCUUGGUUCAUUUUCUGCGCACUUUAGCUCAGAGUGUCCGUAAACCGAGCCCAUAUAAAUGUCCCAAAGUUUUUAUCAUGUCUCUUUGUAGUGGAUAAUCAGCUUUUUUUCUGAUCGGACAUUUCUGAGUUGUCCUGCACUUGCACUGAACAAGCACAGACUGUAUUGUCUGAACACUAGUUUUGCCAAAUUGAUUUCCUCUCUCUCUCUCUCUCUCUCUCUCUCUCUCUCUCUCUCUCUCUCUCUCUCUCUCUCUCCCUUUCAUUCUUUUACUUGUAUUAGCCAUGGUCUUUGUAAAACAGAUGUUUACAGGAAGGCUUGAUUUUGAAUCCAUGUUAUGCUUCAGUUUGAACCCACAGGGAUAUGAAAACAGAGGCGAAAUCCAUCAUUAGAUGGUCACUAUGUCUCUCCAGUUCUGUGCUCAACACUGGUGUGAUAGUUCUAUAAAAUCUCUUAACAGAUAUAUUUGUUUUAACUGUGUGCAGAUGUUUGUUAAAUAUUUUUUUAUAAGAUUAACACACACUGAAACUACUGAAGAAAUAGAAAUUUAUAUAUCCUCCUGAUGUGUGAAUUAUUAUGCUAUUUAUGUUGGCUGGAGUAAAACGAUAUGAAGAAAAGAAAAAAGAAAAGGGUAUUAUAUUCAGUGCAAUGCUGUAACAUUAGAGACAUUGUUUUUGUUUUUAAGAAAAACUGUGCUAUAAAAUCAUGUAGUGUACAUUUUGUAAUGGAGUAAAUCAGAUUUAAAGGA